AAAUUAUACCAAUCCUAGUCAGCUUUAGCUCAUACAACGACAAUAACUGACUUAUCUAUACACUAUUGUUGUCAGCUUUCUAUGAUUAUGAGAUUUAUAACUAACCAUAGUAUUAUCCAUUAAUCUAACAUAACUAUACAAAUUAAAGUGGAAUUACUUGCUAAUUAAAUAAAUUGAUUACAAUUAAAUGUUUCCUUAACUAUGAAUAAAUUCAAUCUGCUUAUUCACCAAACAAAAAAGUAUGAUUAGUACAUUUUUGUACGUAACAAUAACAUAUCAUGUCAAGUCCCCACCUCACUAACCAUGUUUCUAACCCAAAAUUUAAAAAAUGAAAAAGAUAAACCAAAAAGCAGCCAGCUUAGAAAAAACACCUUAAAAUUCAAAGAAAAUUUAUUUUAUUUUUCACAAAAAAAAAAAAAAAAAAAAAAAAAAAAAAAAAAAAAAGCAAACAGCAUCUUGUACCAAAUCCCAGCCUAGCAAGAACAUAAUACAUUAUAUGUUGUAACAACCCAAAACUUAGGCAUAAAGCCAUCCUCUUAAACAUUUAAAACGUCGAAACAAUAAAAUCAUUUACGAAUUGAACUACGAAACCUAACAAUCGAUUCAAAGAUUAUUCCAUUCUUUCUUUCAAGUUUAAACCUAUUAUUGAUGUCUUGCUUCUACCUCCCUAAGAAGCUAAAGCAGCUACCUUCUUCCACAAAGAAGGCUUGGAAUUCCUUCACAUCCUCUGUCUCCCCUAAACUCCGCAACCUCCGUAACAUCAACAAGUGUAGUACCCUCCCUAGAGCCCUCACAAGAACCGCCACUCGUCUUUUCGAUCUCCAUCACAACAAGAAGCGCCGUCGAUCUAUUCCAAGGUCGCACUCGUCAGCUGGCAGAGGACGUGACUUUUAUUACUACAAGGAGUAUAACAACUACCAACACCAUCAACCCUACGCUUCGGGGCCUAAUAGCCCUGCUGCAACCGUCUAUAUCGAUAGGCUUUUCGGGGAGUCCAUGUCUUCAUCAUCGAUGUCGAAACAAGAAGUGAUUAAAAAUGAUGUUACAAGACAUACAACAACAAAGGAUGAAGCGUCAGCAAGUGGUGGUAGUACUACGGUACGAGACAGCAGCCGGGGUGGCGGCGGUGGUGGUAGUGGUGGAAAGAAGAAAAAGAAGGUAAAAAAUCAUACUACUAACAAUAAUAAUAGUAAUAAUAAUAAUAAUUGGAAGGAGUAUAUUUCGUCGAUGCCUAAUAUAAGGGGAGUUGAUGAAAGGGCUGAAGAGUUUAUAUCAAAGUUUCGUCAAGAUAUGCAAAUUCAGAGAGAACAGUCUAUAAUUGAGUUCCAGGAGAUGUUAGCUCGCAGUGCAUAAUUUAUUGAUGCAAUGAUAUAUAUAGAAGUAUUAAUUAAAUUAAUAUGUGCGUUAAUUAUUAUUGCUUCAUUUUUUCUUAUUUAUUAUAUUACUUGUUAAAUUGAAUUAUUUUUAAAAUGGGUUUGUGAAUGUGUACAGGGAAUGAAAUUAUUUAUGGGAAUGUGAAUUUCAGAAUUAGAUAAUUUAUUUUUAAAAUGUAGCAUAAGAGUGUAUGAAUGAA